GUACAAGAACCAAGAUACAACUACUUCCCAGUUCAAUCAAUCCUAACUAGCCAUCGCCCGGGGCUUGUGUGAGUUCUGGUGUUCUAUGUCCAUGGCUGCUCAUAGACUUGCGGUGAUUAUUAAGAACCCUCUGAACGAGGAUGAAUUUCUCCUUGUAAGACAGAACCGGCCGCAGAAAUUUGGGGACGACGAGUACGACUCCUAUGUUGAUUCCGAUCUCUGGGACUUGCCUUGGGCUUCAUUGACUCCUUUGGAUGGAGAAGAUUCUCAAUCUAAAGUCGUUGUGGAAGGAGCAGAAUCUUGUUUUGACAAGCUUAAUUUGCUGAAAUUCAAUGUCGAUUCGGCUCUCGACCAGAUCUAUUCACAAUUGGGUUUCCAAGGACCGAUUGGUGGGCAAUGGGCGCUCUGGAAGUAUGUAGAAGAAGCUGAUUUUGGCCCGGCGCGUCACCUUAAUACAGUCUUCAUCCUUGGGAAGUUGACAUUUGAAGCUGAAAAUGCGCAAGGGGUAUCUAUGUGGAUGUCUAUUCCAAGUUGCCUCGAGUUUCUCUUGGAAGUAAAGCCAAAUAAUGAUCGUGUGGGACCUCUAGUAGUUGUUGGGCUUCUGACUAAUUUGGCUCGAUCUAAAAUGCUAAAAGUUCCACCGGCCUUGCGCUACCAGGAGUACCCACCUGGCAUCACAAUUGUACCUAUCGAAAGUAGAACAGCAAAGCCUUUCCGUACUACAAAUUUGGUUGUAGUUGAGCCUGAUAUUGUUAGUAGUAGCAGUGUAGAUUCAAGUUUUGCUGCUUAUGGAGAUGCCCUAAUAAUGGAUCCAGGGUGUCACUCAAAAUUCCAUGCAGAGCUCAUGGAAAUUGUUGCUGCUUUGCCAAGAAAAUUGGUGGUCUUUGUUACUCAUCACCAUCAUGAUCAUGUUGAUGGUCUUUCUAUUAUCCAAAAAUGCAACCCUGAUGCAACUCUAUUGGCACAUGAAAAUACCAUGCGUCGCAUUGGAAAAGGUGAUUGGUCUCUUGGUUAUACCUCAAUAUCAGGAGGUGAAGAGAUUUGCAUCGGUGGUGAAAGAUUAAAAACAAUUUUCGCUCCGGGACAUACAGAUGGUCACAUGGCUCUGCUUCAUAUUAGUACUCACUCACUGAUUGUUGGGGAUCAUUGCGUAGGUCAAGGAAGUGCUGUCCUAGACUUCACUGCUGGUGGUAACAUGAAGGAGUAUUUCCAAACAACCUACAACUUUUUGGAGCUUUCGCCAAAUGUCAUAAUUCCGAUGCAUGGGAGAGUCAACCUAUGGCCAAAGCACAUGCUCUGUGGUUAUCUCAAGUAUGAAAUGCUACUAAUACUCAAUUUUCCUCCUUCAGUGUUGCUUAUUUUUGAAAGUAGAGAAUUUUCCCGGGCCUUUAAUUAAGAAUGUUAUAAUUGA